AUGACAUUGGAAGUCAUAAAUGAGCCGACUGUUGCAGAUAUUACAAAAGAAGCUGAAAUGGAAUUAGCGGUAUUUGAGCAGGCUCAAAAAAUAGACAAAUUACUGGAAAAAUUGGAAAAGAUUGAUCCAUCGAAAGAUGCGGCGGAAGACGAAGAAAUUCAGGAAUUAUAUCAAUCAACAUUACCUAUUCGAUCAAAAUUGGUCAAACUUAUUGAGAAAUAUAGUCAGAAGAAAGUAUCAUAUCCACAGUAUCCAACCAAAAGUAGUAUAAUUGAACAGCCAACUUAUUCUACAACAAGAAGAGAUACAUUACCUCUUCCUCAAAUACCUGUGUAUCAACAAUCCAAUUCUAACGAAAUAAGUCAACUCCCACCACAACCACAACCAAUAAAAUCUGAUCUCAAUAUCACUUCUCAACAAAUUCCACAGCAAACUCAUUAUAAAUUGUUCUCAAAUACAAAUAAUCAAGACUCUUCGAGCUUGCUUAAUCAAAUCCCUUUACCAUAUCAAUCUAGCACACAAGAUAUUCAAGCUCUACAACAAAACAAUAUCCAGGCUCAAUUGCAACUGCAAGCUCAACUGCAAGCUCAAGAGCAAGCUCAACUGCAAGCUCAACUGCAAGCUCAAGAGCAAGCUCAACUGCAAGCUCAACUGCAGGCUCAGAAGCAGGCUCAAGAGCAAGCUCAACUACAGGCUCAGAAGCAGGCUCAAGAGCAAGCUCAACUCCAGGCUCAACAGCAGGCUCAACUCCAGGCUCAACAGCAGGCUCAACUCCAGGCUCAACAGCAGGCUCAACUCCAGGCUCAACUCCAGGCUCAACAGCAGGCUCAACUCCAGGCUCAACAGCAAGCUCAAGAGCAAGCUCAACAGCAGGCUCAACUCCAGGCUCAACUGCAAGCUCAAGAGCAAGCUCAGCAGCAGGCUCAACUGCAAGCUCAAGAGCAAGCUCAACUCCAGGCUCAACUCCAGGCUCAGCAGCAAGCUCAACUGCAGGCUCAACAACAGGCUCAACAACAGGCUCAACAGCAAGCUCAACUGCAGGCUCAAAAGCAGGCUCAAGAGCAAGAUAUUACAGCUGCUCUUCAGCAAGUUACUGCUGCUUUUCAACAAGUUCCACAACAAGCCUCACAGCAAGCUCCACAGCAAUCUUCUCUUCAUAACACACAAUAUCAACUACCAGUCAUUAACACUGCUAAUAUUAAUAACCUGCCAGGGCAGCAAAAUGCUUUUGAUCCAAAUCAACAAUCACAACCACAACAACCACAAGAAUCUUCAAUUCAACUAGCUUCUAUUUUACAACAGCAGCAGCAAUCAAUACCAUCACCAUCAUCAGUAAACCCACAUCAACAUCUAUUACAACAGCAACAACAACUACCACAAUAUUUAAAUAAUCAAACUUCAAGUAUGCCUCCUACAUUACAACCCCCAAAUAUACAAAAUUCUUCAGCAGCAGAGUAA